CGGAGCAAUUACGGCCGGGAGCUGCGAAACCAAAAAGCAAAACGAAUCCGUCAAGGAUCGUCUCUGAGGUUGGCGCGCCGGGGCCGGCCGGCCAAAGCGGAGCGGGCGGGCGGGCGGCGCCCGGAGCCAUGGCGACCUACGUGAGCGAGCUGGAGGCGGCCAAGAAGAACCUGAGCGAGGCUUUGGGCGAGAACGUCAAGCAAUACUGGGCUAAUUUGAAGCUGUGGUUUAAGCAAAAGAUCAGCAAAGAAGAGUUUGACCUAGAAGCACGGAGGCUCCUCACACAAGACAAUGUCCAUUCUCACAAUGACUUCCUGUUGGCUAUUCUCACACGAUGCCAGAUCUUGGUUUCUGCACCUGAGGGUGCUGGCUCUUUGCCAUGGACAGGAGGUUCUGCAACAAAACCGGGGAAGCCCAAGGGGAAGAAAAAGUUUUCCUCCGUUCGGCAGAAGUUUGAUCACCGAUUCCAGCCUCAGAAUCCAUUAUCUGGAGCUCAGCAGUUUGUGGCCAAGGACCCCCAAGAAGAUGAUGAUCUGAAGCUCUGCUCACAUACAAUGAUGCUUCCCACCUGGGGCCAGCUGGAGGGAAGGAUGAUUGUCACUGCUUAUGAGCACGGACUGGAUAAUGUCACUGAAGAGGCAGUGACAGUUGUUGUCUAUGCUGUGGAGAAGCAUCUUAAGGAUAUCCUUGCAUCUAUAAUAUCAAGGAGAAAGGCCUACCGUCUCAGAGAUGGUCACUUCAAGUAUGCCUUUGGAAGCAAUGUGAACCCACAGCCUUAUCUGAAGAAUAGUGUUAUUGCUUACAACAACUUAACUGAGUGCCCUCCCACGUGCUUAGCUCCCCCUCCUGGUCAAAACCUGGCUUCCCACCCACCUCCUGACGAUGCUGAGCAGCAAGCAGCCCUACUCCUAGCAUGUUCUGGGGACACCUCUCCAGCAACUCUGCCACCAGUCAACAUGUAUGACCUCUUCGAAGCUCUGCAGGUCCACCGAGAAGUGGUUCCUGCACACACAGUCUAUGCCCUCAAUAUUGAAAGGAUCAUCUUGAAGCUCUGGCACCCAAACCACGAGGAGCUGCAGCAGGACAAGAUCCAUCGGCAGCGGCUGGCUGCAAAGGAAGGACUCCUGACAUGCUGAGGCAGAAGCAGUGGCCAGUGCUGACGAUCGGCUGGGCUGCUAUCUCCUGGACCUGCCAGUUGGGCAUUAUGACUUUGGGAUCACAGGACUUGCAUUAUGGUGUUAGCUUUCCCAAGUGGAAAUGUGGACUUCUUUCCUAUGGAAAUAUUGCUUGAGAAACCAGAGUGCUUUGUGCUUGCUUCUAGAAAGGAUAAAAGAGCAGUGCCUCAGCAAUGCUUAUGCUUUGCCCCGGCACCCUCUUUUAAUCACAGUGCAUGGCAGUCAUUCCAAAAAUAGUUUUGUGUCACUGUGGAAAAGGAAAAGUGACAUUGUUUGCUGUGGAGAACCUGUUCUUAUUAUUAUUCCCUUCAUGGAAUGAAGGAUUGUGGCCAGAGAUUGACAGAGGCUGGUUCUUAGAGUUGCCAAGUUUUAGGGCUGCAGUUUGAGCCGCUGCCCUGGGCUGCCUUUGCAACUAUAGCAAAGAGCUUUGUACAUAGCAAAGAGCUUUUGUGUUGGGUUUAUAUAAUGUAUGACAAAAGGGAAAAAUAUUGAUCCACGUUAAUAAAAUCAGCUGUAAGACAAUUCUCAUAAAAGAGAAUCUUUUUAUCUCA